AUCCCAUUAGGAGUAGAGGGGAAGUCUGACUCCUAUAAAUAUGUAUGUUUCGGUCUGAUGAUGAAGAAUAUUGAUUAGUUAUUUGUUCUUUCAUUCUUUCGUUAUUGUUGUGUAUAGAAAAAUAUACGUGCCAAAGAUCUAAACUCAUCCGGAAGAAUCUCGUCUGAUUACUAUCUAGAGAAUAAAUGUUUCAGUUUAAGAAGCCAAUGAAAAAGCCGUCUCUGAGGAAGAAUGAUAAGUUAUAUACGCUCUUGAAGCAGAAGCCAUCUCCAUAGGGUUAGGUACGGGUGAUCUUAGUUCUAGGAGUGGCAGUAGAAGUAAGGCCGGAGAAGAGCAAGAGAGAUCCGAGGCAGGAAAGAGAAACUGUGCAUAUCAGUCAGCCUUAGCUAAAGCGGAAGCGGUAUCUGACGCAUUACGAUUAAGGCAAACGGUUCCUGCUGCUGCUGAAGAGGAAGUUAAUGAUAUGGGUAUGGAAGAGGAUGAUCUCCACAAAUCUGUUGAAAGAGCAAGAAAGCUGGCACUGGAAAAGCAAGUGAAGAAGGCUCUAGUUGGCCCUGAAGCAAUUGCUCGUCUUGCCACCACCAUUAAGAGCAGUCAGGCAGCUGAUGAGCAAAACUCUGCAACUGAAGAAUCACAAAAAGGCAAGGUCGUCUUCACGGAGGUUGAAGGGUUUGUUAGGGGCCUGCAGCUUGAUCAAGAUGCCCGCAAGGCUGAUGCCACAGAUGUUCUCGAUAAUGAAGACGAUUCAGCUGUAGCUACUCAUGAGAAGAUAGAAGAUAAAGCUGGUGGGUCUCCGGAAGUAAGCAAGGCGGUUAAAGAUGAAGACCCUAUGUCGGAGGAUGCUAAAGAAGUAGCCCCAGAUGAGAUGUUUCAUGAAGUCCCUAUUGGUAGAGGAUUGUCAGGUGUAGUGAAGCGGCUCCAUCAGCAAGGGUCCCUGAAAGAAAGCAUUGACUGGGGCGGUAGAACUAUGGAUAAGAAGAAGAGCAAGCUUGUUGGCAUUGUGGACACUGAUGAUGCCAAUGAGAAGAAGAACAAGGAUAAGGAUUACGAUCAAUUUAAGGAUCUUCGUAUUGACAGGAGAAACGAAUUUGGGCAGAUCAUGGCACCAAAAGAGGCAUAUAGGAGUUAGGAUGCUCUCUCAUUCAUUCCAUGGUAAGGUGCCCGGGAAAAGGAAGCAAGAGAAGCAGAUGAAGCAAUAUCAGGAAGCACCGAAGUUGAAGCAAAUGAAGAAUUCAGAUACACCUUCAUUAUCAAUGGAGAGGAUGAAGGAAGCUCAUGCACAGCUGAAGAGACCAUACCUCGUGCUUUAGCGGUCAUAUGAGACCUGGGUAUGAUUAACUUCUCCUCUUCAGACUCUGCCUGCCCUUCUCCUAUUUGGUUAAAGUUAGAAAGAGUAUUCUGAUUUCUGACCCUUGAGUACGAAGUUGCUGCUGCGAAACUGUGCCUUGUUGCAGCAAUGGCCUAUGCAUCCAAAUCUUACUUAUAUUUUUGUUUGUCAAUGUCUUCUCAGGUUUAGCUUUUAUUUUAGUAUAAAACAAAAUGCAAGGCUGACUGGGCAUGGCUAUGACAACACAACAAAGAAACCCGGAACUUGAUUGAACUUCCAAACUAGAGUGAAGAACCAUGUCAUCUAUACCUCACAAAAAGUGACUGAGCAGAUGCUCUCUUGAUUGAUGAACCAAACUAGAGGUUCAUUCCAAUACCAUGUCAUGUAUACUUCACUAACCACGCCUCGGGGCAGCCUAAUUAAGUUACUGAAUACGUCAUUGUUUUGUUCUUUGGAUUAGUUUAGUAUCAAUUAUUCAUAUUAACUUAACUAUAUAGUUGACUAUCUGACUAGUCGAUAUCUAGAAGCAAUUUUAUUACAUUUUUAGCACUUAUUCAAAUACCACUAAUCACCUUUGGAAAGUUCCUAAUUCUAGCUUGAUGUUUACAUAAUGGCCAAUGUCAUGCUAUGGGCAAAGCAGUUAGUAAUGAAUCAGAGCAUAUAUCUUUUCUCGUACAAACUGAACAUUACAAAAAUCUCGAUUACAAUUUUAUUGAAACAUACUAAAUUCUGAAAUAAGAA